AAACGUUGUCAUUUUAUUGAGAUCGGAGACCAGAACAUCCCUCGUCGUCCGACUUUGAAUAGAUCCGUCUGUCUCCGUCCAUCUUUACGGCCUUGUGUCCGAUUUUGAGGAGGCGACCAUAAUUGAUGCUGCUUCCAACUUUGUUCAUAGUACUGCAGCGAAGACGAACAUGAAAGUCGCUUUCUUUCUUUCAAUCGCCAUUUUGUCUCUUCUUGCUUCAUGGUCAUCUUCUUCUCCUUCCGUUUCAUUCCUCGGAAUUGCCCCACAAGAUGAGAAUUACUUCAGAAAAGAGACCAUUAAGUGUAGGAAUGGAUCCAGGAAGUUCACUAAAGCUCAGCUCAACGACGAUUUCUGCGAUUGCCUUGAUGGCACCGAUGAGCCAGGAACAUCAGCUUGCCCAGAAGGAAAGUUUUAUUGUCGGAAUGUGGGACACCUUCCCACUUCUCUAUACUCAUCCAUGUUUGAUCACUUCUACGACUUACUUUACUCUUUACCUCGAAAUGGGAAAAGAGCAGAUUGCUGUGAUGGGAGUGACGAGUAUGAUGGUAAAGUGAAGUGCCGAAACACUUGCUGGGAGGCAGGCAAGAAGGCUAGAGACAAGUUGCAGAAACUGAUAGAUAUGUACCGAGAAGGUGUAACCAUAAGGAAAAGGGAAGUUGAACAAGCAAAAGAAGCAAUCUCCAAAGACAAAGCAGAACUAUCUGUGCUGAAAGCUGAAGAAAAGUCCCUUGACAAAUUAGUAAACCAACUGAAGGUACGGAAAGAGCAAAUUGAGAAGGCUGAGGGAAAAGAACAGUUAGAGAAAGAUAAUGAAGAUAGGCCAAAUGUUCAGGAAAACUUUGAGUCCACUGAGGCAAGCGGAAAGGAAGACUCGUUGACUUCUGAGGAUGACGUGAUUGGUCUUGUGGAACAGGAAGAGACUAAAAGUGAACAUGAAGAUACUAAUGUUGCAGAAGAUGGAUCAGAAAGCAUAGAGGACAUGUCAAAGGAAGAGAUAGGUCGCCUUGUGGCUUCACGUUGGACAGGUGAAAGAACUGGAGAAGUUGAGGAAACUGGCUCUGGUGCAGAUAGCAAUGAAGGGAAGGAUGGGAGUCUGAAUAUACCCAGUGAUGGUGAUAGCAAGAAGAAUGUAUAUGAUCACCAUCAAUCAUCCAUAACUGAUGAUCUUGAUAGUUCCAGUGUUGUGCAUGAGCCAGGCUUGGAUAAGCAAACACAGUUUUUAGGUUUCACUAUUCACAUCCAAUCUUGGCUGAGAAAGAUGCAGGAUGUCAGCCAAAACCUUUUAAGAUCCGUUAGUUGGUUCUCAAGUCCACUUGAUAAUCUUGAUGCAGAUAAAAUUCGAAAAGAGUACAAGGAAUCUACUGCAAGGCUGUCCAGUGCACAGGAAAGGAUAUCAAGUUUGACAGAGAAGUUAAAACAUGACUUGGGUGUUGAUGGCGAAUUCUACACACUUUAUGGUCAAUGCUUCGAGACCAAGCAGGACAAGUAUGUAUACAAAAUUUGUCCCUUCAAAGAAGCUGUUCAGGAGGAGGGACAGUAUCACAAAACACAACUAGGGUACUGGGAGAAAUUUGAAGAAUCAUACAGUGCCAUGUUGUUCUCAAAUGGUGCCGGUUGCUGGAAUGGACCACGUAGAAGUAUCAAGGUGAAGCUGAGGUGUGGAUUGAAAACAGAACUGACUGAUGUGGAUGAACCAAGCCGCUGCGAAUAUUUGGCAGUCCUGUCAACCCCUCUAGGAUGUCUUGAUGGAAAGCUUAAGGAACUCGAGGGUAAACUGGAAAUGCUGCAGAAGGAGAAGCCUGAAGGCCACGACGAGCUCUAAACUCACAGCGAAAUUAACAUGCUCAAUAUCAUUCCAGCCGCUCCUAAUCUCUCUCUCGUUCUCGAUAUGCUCUAUAGAUUCGCUGUCUGACUGAGUCUGAGUUGCGGGCGAUUUCCCAUCAGGAAUCAGAGGUACAGGAGAUGGUAUUAUCUGUAUUCGUUACUGCGUGCUUAGGUUUGACGCAGGAGCUUUCCAUGGUAUAUGCCGACAUUGCUUUUGGAUCACAAAGCAAUAAGGGAAUUUAAUUGAACGAACUGUAAACUCAUUCCGACCAUUCCAUUAACAAAAGGGACCGAAAGUAGUUCUCUUUAGAACGUGGGUUGGUGCUUUGUUGUUAAUUGUUAUGGUGCAGGUGCUGUUAGUGUUUGAUGAUUCCUAUUCCAGGCAGCAGCUAAAGUAGAACUAAAAAGCCAUCGUUUAUGCUCCCACGUAUUUUAUUUUACUGCGUUGUCCUUGGUCUAUCGACGGUGGUUUGGCAGCCAUGUUUUUCAGUCACAGAGGACUCACAGAUUUCAUAAUUAGGAGCGUGCCGCGAUCCGGUUUGGACGAGAUCAAAAUAUUGAGAAUCGUUGUUCAAUAAGUUUCCCUGAGGAGAAAAGAAAAGAGGACUCAAAGCGAAGAAACAAUGGAGAAUUCGAUGGCGAGCUUGCUGGCUGAGACCCCCGGCGGCGGGCGGCCCAAGACCAAGAUCAUCUGCACACUCGGCCCUCAAUCUCGCUCCGUCGACAUGAUCUCGAAGCUUCUGGAGGCCGGCAUGAACGUCGCUCGCUUCAACUUCUCCCACGGCACCCACGACUACCACCAGCAAACCCUAGACAACCUCCGCGCCGCCAUGUCCGCCACCGGCAUCCCCUGCGCCGUCAUGCUCGACACCAAGGUACCUCCUCAAAUACUUCAAUUUCAGCAACGUUUUCUCGAUGCUUAACCUAAUUUCAGUGACAAUACCUUACUUUCUUCAACAAUCCUUUUAGCAGUUGGCACUGAACCGUCUGUUUUACCUUUUUUUUCCCCCGGCGAAAUUCAGGGGCCGGAGAUCAGAACGGGGUUUCUGAAAGACGGGAAGCCAAUCGAGCUCAAGCAAGGCAGCGAGAUUCUGAUCUCCACCGACUACAACCUGAAAGGCGACGAGACACAAAUCGCGAUGAGCUACAAGAAGAUUGCGGAGGAUGUGAAGCCAGGGAGCAGGAUUCUGUGCUCGGACGGCACAAUUUCACUUAGGGUUUUGUCCUGCGACAGGGAGAAGGGGCUGGUCAAUUGCCUGUGCGAGAACUCCGCAACCCUAGGCGAGAAGAAGAACGUCAAUCUCCCCGGGGUCAUCGUCGAUUUGCCCACAUUGACGGAGAAGGACAAGGACGACAUCUUGAAUUGGGGGAUCCCCAACAAAAUCGAUGUAAUCGCACUCUCCUUCGUCCGGAAGGGCUCCGAUCUCGCCGCGGUCCGAUCCCUAAUCGGCGAGAAGAACGCCAAGAACAUAAUGCUCAUGUCCAAGGUCGAGAAUCAGGAAGGAAUCGUCAACAUCGACGAGAUCAUUGCGAGCUCGGACGCGCUCAUGGUCGCGAGGGGCGAUUUGGGGAUGGAGAUUCCCGUGGAGAAGAUCUUCCUCGCCCAGAAGACGAUGAUCCGAAAGGCCAACAUCCAGGGGAAGCCCGUGGUGACGGCGACGCAGAUGCUCGAAUCGAUGAUCAAAUCGCCCCGCCCCACGCGGGCGGAGGCGACCGACGUGGCGAACGCGGUGCUCGACGGGACCGAUUGCGUCAUGCUCAGCGGGGAGACGGCGGCGGGGGCGUACCCGGAGGCGGCGGUGCGGACGAUGGCGCGGAUCUGCGUCGAGGCGGAGAGGUCGAUCGUGUACGGGGACGCGUUCAAGAGGGUGAUGAAGGCGGCGCCCCUGCCGCUGAGCCCGCUGGAGAGCCUGGCGGCGUCGGCGGUCAGGACGGCGAAGAACGUCAACGCGAGCCUGAUCGUGGUGCUGACCCGCGGCGGGAGCACGGCGAGGCUGCUGGCAAAGUACCGGCCGCACGUGCCGAUUCUGUCCGUGGUGGUGCCGGAGAUUGGGAUCGAUUCGUUUGAUCAGGAGUGGAGCAUCAGCGACGAGGCGCCGGCGAGGCACGGGCUGAUCAGCUGGGGGGUGGUGCCGGUUCUGAGCUCGUCGCCGGUGGCGGAGUCGGAUCAGGAGUCGGCGGAGGUGUCGGUGGAGAGAGGGCUGGAGGUGGCGAAGGAGAGAGGGAUUUGUAGGGCCGGGGAUUCGGUGGUGGCGUUGCACAGAGUUGGGAUGGCGACGGUGAUCAAGAUUGUUCAGGUUCAGUAGAGUGUGGUGGAGUAGAUUUAGCGCUACGUUUGUUUUUUUUUCCCCUUCUAAAAUUGCUUUGGAUUUUUUUGUGUGACGGAGUUGGAU